AGUCCUGGUCUAAAGGCUUGACAGUGUGGAAGCCUCUAACUCUCUCUGUUUUGCUGUAGUGUGUGUUCAGAGCUUGGCUCAGAGCAUUGACAGCACCAUGGGUGUGGCGUUGACCAGAUCGGCACAGUGGACUGCUGCGGGGUAUGGGACUGGAACCCUGGAGAUGACCCCUCUGAAUGAGUCAAUAUUGAAUGAAAUCACUAAGUUUGUGGAGUCUUUUAGUUAUGAAUACCCCCAAGAGGCAAAAUUUAUUUUUGUAGAACCACUUGAGUGGAAAACAAAUUUGGAACCCUCAGCAUUUCAAUCAGGUUAUAUUGUCAGUGAAACAACAGCCACAUCGGAAGAGGUUGAUAAAGAGGGACAGCCCCUGCUGCUUCUCUCCGUGCCUAAUAUUAAAGUCAGGAGCUUUGGGCAGCUGUCAAAGUUGUUAUCAAUCGUCAAAGGCAAGAAGGUGCAGGAGGCACAAGCCUGUAUUGAAGCUAACAGAGACCCUGUUGUGAAAAUCUUGGGUUCCGAUUAUGGUGAAAUGAAAGAGGAGUCUACCACCUUAUCUAUCCUUGAUACGAUCACCAAAGAUGAUACGUCAUAUAUUAAAAGGAAGGUUGCCAUCCUGCUGAAGCAGCUGGACCUGCAUCUACUCAACCAUUCCCUGAAGCACAUCUCACUAGAGAUCCGUUUGAAUCCAGGGGUGUUUAAGAAAGAUAUUGAUCUGCUCAAACGUUUCUCAGGAAAAGGGGAACACACGGUUCUGGAGUCAAUUGAUUACACUUCAGAUUAUGAGUUUUCAAAUGGGUGUCGUGCCCCACCAUGGAGACAGAUUCGAGGGGAAAUCUGUUACUUGCUGGUGAAGCCACACGAUGUAGAAACCCUGUGGAUCACCUGCAGCGCAGAAGGGGUGUUUUUAAAUGGUGGCAAAAAAGAAGAGGAGGGGGAAAUCAAUUAUGAGAGGCAAGGUGAAAUUUACAAAGACCUUGUUACAUGUUUAAAGGACAAGUCACCAGUAUUUUCAGAGAAUAUAUCUAAACAGGAUAUUCAAAUUACUGAGGAGCAACAGAAGGAUAAUCAGAUUUAUGAAAAACCCAAGACAGAAGACUCACCGGUAGCUGAUUCAGAGAAGAGUAAAAUGGAAAAGAACCAGAUUAACUUUGGGAAAAGUCACAUGACCAAGAGAUUGGAGCCAAGCUUAAACUGGAGAGCAACUGUUGAUUACAAAGACCACAAGAGCUCUGUAAAGGACAGCCAAGAGGAAAAACAAGGAAAAUUAGAAAAGUCAUCGGCAUCUACUUCCUCCGGCCGUGCACAGUUACUUCGUAAGGGUGGCGAGAAGGUUGAGGAGACUGUCAGUGAGAGCUCCUCAGAGAGUGAGGAGGAUGAGGAGCCACCGGACCACCGCCAGGAAGCCAAUGCCGACCUGCCAUCAGAGUACUGGCAGAUUCAGAAGCUGGUGAAGUAUUUAAAGGGGGGAAAUCAGACAGCAACGGUGAUUGCCUUGUGUUCCAUGAGGGAUUUCAACUUAGCUCAAGAGACCUGUCAGCUGGCAAUUAGAGACGUUGGAGGUCUUGAAGUCUUAAUCAAUCUGCUUGAUACAGAUGAAGUCAAAUGCAAGAUUGGUUCAUUAAAAAUCCUGAAGGAAAUCAGUUACAAUCCUCAAAUCAGACGUAAUAUUGUUGACCUUGGGGGCCUACCAAUUAUGGUUAAUAUACUCGAUUCUCCACACAAGAGUCUUAAGUGUUUGGCAGCUGAGACGAUAGCAAAUGUUGCCAAGUUCAAGAGAGCCCGGCGGGUGGUGAGACAUCAUGGUGGCAUCACCAAGCUGGUUGCCCUAUUGGACUGUGGACAGAAUUCAACAGAACCGACUCAGCCAAGCCUGUAUGAGACCAGAGAUGUAGAGGUAGCUCGCUGUGGUGCCCUGGCACUCUGGAGCUGCAGUAAGAGUCACUCGAACAAAGAAGCCAUUCGUAAAGCUGGGGGCAUUCCCUUGCUGGCUCGGCUGCUGAAGACUUCUCAUGAGGACAUGCUUAUUCCCGUAGUGGGAACACUGCAAGAAUGUGCAUCAGAGGAAAACUACCGAGCUGCCAUCAAGGCAGAGAGAAUCAUCGAGAACCUUGUGAAGAACUUGAACAGUGAGAACGAACAACUCCAGGAGCAUUGUGCCAUGGCCAUCUACCAGUGUGCUGAAGAUGAGGAAACCCGGGACCUGGUUAGGUUGCAUGGAGGACUUAAGCCCUUGGCCAGCCUACUCAAUAACACGGACAAUAAAGAACGCUUGGCUGCUGUCACUGGGGCAAUCUGGAAAUGCUCUAUCAGCAAAGAGAAUGUGAUUAAGUUUCGAGAAUACAAGGCCAUUGAGACCCUGGUGGGACUUUUAAUCGAUCAGCCAGAAGAAGUGCUCGUGAAUGUGGUUGGGGCCUUGGGAGAAUGCUGUCAAGAAUAUGAAAACCGGGUCCUUGUCCGGAAGUGCGGUGGCAUCCAACCUCUCGUGAACCUCCUGGUUGGAAUAAACCAAGCACUUCUUGUGAAUGUCACAAAAGCUGUGGGCGCAUGUGCAGUAGAACCAGAGAGUAUGGCGAUAAUUGAUCGCUUAGAUGGAGUUCGGCUGUUGUGGUCCCUGCUCAAAAACCCACACCCAGAUGUGAAGGCCAGUGCAGCAUGGGCACUCUGUCCCUGCAUCGAAAACGCAAAGGAUGCUGGAGAAAUGGUUCGCUCCUUUGUUGGUGGUUUGGAACUUGUCGUCAAUUUAUUGAAAUCGGACAAUAAAGAGGUCCUGGCAAGUGUCUGUGCUGCUAUCACCAACAUAGCAAAAGACCAGGAAAACUUAGCUGUUAUCACAGACCACGGGGUUGUCCCUCUGCUGUCCAAACUUGCCAAUACAAAUAACGACAAGCUGCGGCGCCAUCUGGCAGAAGCCAUUUCUCGCUGCUGUAUGUGGGGAAGAAACAGAGUGGCCUUUGGUGAGCACAAGGCAGUGGCUCCGUUGGUGCGCUACCUAAAGUCGACUGACACCAACGUGCACAGAGCUACCGCCCAGGCCUUGUACCAGCUCUCAGAGGAUGCAGAUAACUGCAUCACCAUGCACGAGAACGGCGCUGUGAAGCUUCUACUGGAUAUGGUCGGGUCCCCAGACCAGGAUCUACAGGAAGCUGCUGCUGGCUGUAUAUCCAACAUCAGGAGACUGGCUCUUGCCACAGAAAAGGCUCGAUACACUUGAAUGCUCUGAAAAAGGACAGACCGCUCCCUUGUCCCAGAAGCCAUGAAAGGCAUUUAUCAACCAGUCCCUUCAAAUAGUCUAAACAAAGAACACGUGGAUUAAAACACAAAAUCUUUCUUUCAAAAUUACGAGACUCUUUCCAUUCUAUUGAAUGAAAAGCAAAUGUGUAAUGAAAUGUAAAAACAAUAAAG